GAAAUUCCACGCUUCCGCCGUGUCAUUCCCGUUUUUUGGUUUGCUUUCUUCGUCGCCGAAGAUUGGUCUACCUCCUCUUCCUUCAUAAAAAAACAGAAAAAUCACCCAACAACCAUGAGCUCUGCCGCCGCCGCGACCCCGUCGAGCCCCGUUGCCACCAACACGCCUGCUGCCCCUGCCCAGUCGUUCCACACCGCGUCGUUGUACGUCGGCGACAUCCACCCCGAAGUGACGGAGGCGUUGUUGUUUGAGAUUUUCAACGCCGUCGGCCCCGUGGCGUCGAUCCGUGUGUGCCGUGAUGCGGUCACCCGUCGGUCGUUGGGCUACGCGUACGUCAACUUCCACAACGUGAGCGACGCCGAACGUGCGUUGGACACGAUGAACUACACGAGCAUCAAGAGCGUGCCGUGCCGCAUCAUGUGGUCUCAACGUGACCCCUCGUUGCGUAAAUCGGGCGUCGGCAACAUCUUUGUCAAAAACCUCGACACGUCGAUUGACAACAAGGCGUUGUACGACACGUUUUCCCUGUUCGGCAACAUUUUGUCGUGCAAGGUCGCAUACGACUUGAACGGAAACUCGAAGGGGUACGGAUACGUGCACUACGAGACCAACGAAGCCGCUCAAUCGGCUAUCGAAAAGAUCAACGGCAUGUUGAUUGCUGGCACCGAAGUUUUCGUCGGCCACUUCCAAAAGCGCGAAAACCGCCCUGCCGACUCGGACUGGACCAACUGCUACGUGAAGAACAUUCCCCAAACUUGGGACGAUGCUACGUUGCGCAAGGAAUUCGAACCCUUUGGUGCUAUCUCGUCGUGCGUCGUGAUGAAGGACUCGACGUCGGACUCGAACCGCGGCUUUGGUUUCGUGAACUUCGAAGAGCCCGAAUCUGCCCGUCAAGCCACCGACAAGCUCAACGGCAAGCCCGUGGCUAAGGACGACAACGGUGCCGACAUUGAAUUGUACGUUGGCAAGGCUCAAAAGCGCAGCGAACGCGAGCGUGAACUCCGUCACAAGUUUGAAGCGUUAAAAAUGGAACGCAUCAACAAGUACCAAGGCGUCAACUUGUACGUCAAGAACUUGGACGACCAACUUAACGACGACGAUUUGCGCGAAGCGUUUGCAGCGGUCGGCACGAUCACGAGCGCCCGCAUCAUGCGCGACCCUGCCGGUACCUCGCGUGGUUUCGGCUUCGUGUGCUUUGCCACCCCGGAAGAAGCCACGAAGGCCGUGACUGACAUGAACGGCAAACUCCUCAACGGCAAGCCCAUUUAUGUCGCUUUGGCCCAGCGCAAGGAAGUUCGCCGCGCUCAAUUGGAAGCUCAACAUGCUCAACAGCGCGCCACCGGUAUGGUUGUUGGUCGUGGCUUGCCCAUGCAACAUCAGCCGCCCAUGUACGGCGCAGCUCCCAUGUUCUACGCGCAACCCAACCAAUUGCCGCCCCAAGCACGCCAUGGGUUUGUGUACCCUCAACAGAUGAUGCCCCGUGGAGGUAUUCCUCGCGGCCCUAUGCCUUACCGCCAGCCCGGUGUUCCCGGUGGUCCUGGCGGCUACGGCAUGCCCCAGUACGGUAUGCCUGCGCAAGGCGGCCAACAACGCCAACCUCGUGGUCGUCGCCCGCAAGGUCCUCCUGGCCAAAUGGCUGGUCCUCCUCAAGGCCAACCGGGAAACCCUAACGGCCCUCGUCAAAACAACCGCAACAACUUCAAGUACACGGCCAACGCUCGCAACCAACCGUCUCUGCAGGAACAAAUGCCUCCUGCCGCGCCGGUGGUCGCUGGUGUGCCCACGUUGGAACCGUUGACGUCUGCGGCGUUGGCGGCUGCGUCGCCGAGCAUCCAAAAGAACAUGAUUGGCGAACGCUUGUUCCCGUUGAUCCACCGCUCCCAACCGGAAUUGGCGGGCAAAAUCACGGGCAUGUUGCUCGAAAUGGACAACGGCGAGUUGUUGCAUUUGUUGGAGUCGCCCGACGCGUUGGACUCGAAGAUCGCGGAGGCGUUGGCGGUGUUGGAAGCGCAUCAGUCGGAAGAAUAGGGAACCAAGCAAACCAACCAAACAAGGGAAUGCGGAGAGCAGAGAAUGUGCAACUUAUUUUUGAUGUAAAUGAAGUUGGUGGGUUUUGCUCUCUCGAUCGGAUUCCCUUUGGCGGUUGGGGCGCGCGGCACGUUGGCUUGGACCAUUGUACAUUUAUAUAUAUAUUUGAGAUUUUACGAUUGUA